GGUGGAGGGGUAGGUGGUGUAUGGGAGGAUGGAUGGAGGAUGGAGGGAUGAUGGAGUACUGAUGGAACUGAUGGUGGAUUUAUGAAGAAAAGUGCAGAAUCUCUGUUUUACUUCUUUUCCUGAUUUUUCUGAUUUUCCUGAUUUCCCCGGACUCCAGAGGGACGAGGGACACAGAGAGACACAGAGCGAGAGAGAGAGAGAGAGAGAGAGAGAGAAAUAGAGAGGGGGGUGGACAGAGGACAGUAGUGGAGGAGUGCGUCUCUCCGCUGAUACUCCGUCGGUCCCCGGCGUGCCGCUGUUGCCGGGGGGUGAGGAUGCUGCGUCGUCAUGACGGCGGUGCUGCUUGGUGACGCGGCGCAGCGCCGGAGGAUGCUGGGAAAUACGAAGCGCUUCUUCUCGGCGUCGGAGGAUAAAGAAGUGGAGGAUGAGGCGGAGGAGGAGGAGAGGAGGCGGAGACUAAACGGAAUGGUGGACGGAGAGGAGGAGAGUCAGAGAGGAGGCCGCCAAUCCCGCGAGGGAAAGGGGGAGGUGCUAAAACCAGCGGCCAUCGUGAUUGGUCGACAGCGAGGGGACAGGCAGCAGCGGCCGGCCAACGCGGGUCACCGGGGAGCUCCGUACUCGGCCAAUCAGGCGGUACUUCAUCAUCAGCCAGCCAGCCAACCGCUGUACUACCCGACCUCAACCAAUCAGCAGCAGAUCUACAAAGUCCUGACCAGUCAGCAAGCUCGGAGACGUCACAUGGAGCGCAGCAUGACCACCAUCACCCCCCUGGAGGACACACACACACACCUCAGCAUGAUGGUGUUCCGCGUAGGAAUACCUGACAUCAAACAAACGAAGUGUCUGCGGUUUGAUCCGGAUGCAACGGUGUGGAGUGUGAAGCAGCAGGUCAUGUGUUCUCUGGGUGAAUCUCUGUGGGACGUCUAUAAUUACGGCCUGUUCCAGCCGGCCGGAGAGGGGCGGGACGCCUGCUUCCUGGAGGAGGAGCGAUCCCUCAGAGAAUACCCACAAUCCCUCGAGAAGGGUGUGCCUUACCUGGAGUUCAGGUAUAAGAGCAGAGUCUACAAACAGACCAACCUGGACGAGAAACAACUAGCCAAGCUACACACCAAGGCUAACCUGAAGAAGUUCCUGGACUAUGUUCAGGGUGGCGCUGUGGAGAAGAUGAGUAAAGCUCUGGAGAAAGGCCUGGACCCGAACUACCACGACCCGGAGACCGGCGAGACUCCUCUGACGGUGGCAGUGUUGGGGGGUAUGAGUGUGGAGGGGAUUCGGGUGCUGGUUCUGAAUGGAGCCCAUCACGACUUCAGAGCCAGAGACGGACUCACCCCACUGCACAAAGCAGUUAGAGCUCACAACCAUGCAGCACUAAUGACUCUGCUGUCUAUGGGAGCCUCUCCGGACUAUAAGGAUCGCUGUGGCCUAACUCCGCUCUACCACUCCGUACUGACAGGGGGCGAUACAUCCUGCUGUGAAACACUGCUGUACUUCAGGUCACGGCUGGGGGUCCGAGAUGAGAAUGGCUGGGACGAGUCCCAUCAGGCCUGCCAGAAUGGUUUUGCCCAACAUUUAGAGCACCUGCUGUUCUAUGGAGCAGACACCACUUCCCAGAAUGCAUCAGGAAACACAGCACUGCACAUAAGCGCCUUGUAUAACAAGGAAAGCUGUGUCCGGGUCCUCCUCUACAGGGGAGCCAAUAAGGAGAUAAAGAACAAGCAUGGCCAAACCCCCUUUCAGGUUGCAGUGAUGUCCGGCCAUUUUGAACUUGGAGAGAUAAUCAAAAAUCAUAAUGAUGCAGAUGUAGUUCCGUUUUUGGAGUCUCCUAAAUACGCCCCUCAGCGAAUGGAGAGUGGGUGGAUUGUGCCUGUGUCUAUGCCCCUCCCCCACCCACACCCUCUCUUGAGGGCAAAGAGUGAGAAUACAAUGGCCACAUCCUCGGACAUUGUAGCUCCGCCCAUCACAGCACCUGCACAGGCUCAGCGUCGGGCGUCCUUUGCGCUCAGGAGCUCCAGCAGUCCCCGGGGAGCCCGAACCCGUUCUCCAUCGCGAGGGCGAAGUGGGGAACCCGAGAGCAAACAGCAGAAACAGCGUGGUCGGCAGGGGGCGGGUGGAGGUCAGAGGCGGAGGCUAUACAGUGCCGUUCCUGGACGAGUUUUUAUAGCGACGAGAUCUCACUCUGCUCAGGGAGAACGAGAGAUCAGCUUCAGCAAGGGGGACAAGGUUAAAGUGCUGAGUGUUGGAGAGGGGGGGUUCUGGGAGGGGACAGUGAAGGGUCGUACCGGCUGGUUCCCCUCAGAGUGUGUAGAGGAAGUGCUUCCCCAGAAUCAGGAACAGAGACCAGAGAGUCGCAGUGAAAAGGCCAAGAGGAAGCUCUUCCGCCAUUACACUGUAGGAACCUACGAUGGGCUGGAGAUCCCCAGUGAUUACAUCAUCAAGGAGAAGUCUGUUCUUCUGCAGAAGAAAGAGAAUGAGGGCUUCGGCUUUGUGCUUCGUGGAGCUAAAGCUCAGACUCCCAUUGAGGAGUUUACUCCGACUCCUGCUUUUCCCGCUCUGCAGUAUCUGGAGUCUGUGGACGAAGGGGGCGUGGCCUGGAGGGUGGGACUGCGAAUGGGGGACUUCUUGAUUGAGGUGAAUGGAGUGAAUGUAGUGAAGGUGGGCCACAGGCAGGUGGUUAAUAUGAUCCGUCAGGGGGGGAACAGCCUCAUGGUGAAGGUGGUGAUGGUGGCGCGCAAUCCUGAGAUGGAGGAAGUUCCUAAGAAGAAAGCUCCUCAGCAAACCAAGCGACUGACGCCGCCGGCCAUCACCCUGCGCUCCAAAUCCAUGACCUCAGAGCUGGAGGAGAUGGCUGCCUCACCGUGGAAGAAGAAGCCAGAUCAGUCGGAGGGUCCUCAGCCUCCUGAUAAGAAGAGGAGUGUUUACCAAAUGGCUCUAAAUAAGCUGGACGAGAUUCUGGCUGCUGCUCAGCAGACAAUCAGCACGUCUGACUCUCAGGGUCACCGAGUUCACGGAGGCAAGAAGGAUCGGAACAAGGGCUUCUAUUCUAAUGAGCAAAGUUUUGACCAAUCAGGAGGUAUGGGCAUGAUGACAUCAGGGUCUGGGUAUGGUUCUAAUUAUGCCCAGUUUUCAUCAGGCCACGCCCCUCAGCAUGGUCAGAUGAUUCGUCAGAAAUCUGUCGGAAUAGGGGAGGAAGAAAGGGGACAUUUGCACCCUCCCACAAUGAAACUGUCCCGCAGUCUCUCUGUCCCCGGGCCAGAUGACAUCCCCCCUCCACCUGACACAUCGGCACCUGAACCACCUCUGCCAGUCAGUAGAAGGGCAGAGCUAAGCCACAGUAAUGCUGCCCCUCCCAUGCCUCCCUCUCACUACCUUUCCCAUGGUCAAGUGCCAAACAGAGCUCCACCCCACCCACCUCCCCGCAGGGAGGGUGAUACUGGCAGAAGGGGAGGGGCGAAAAUUGGUGGUCUUAGACGUGGUUACAGCAGUGCCAUGCCCCCCUCUGACAUAGCCCCAAAGCAGCUGCCAAUACAGCGUAGUCAGUCUCCCGGUGUGGCAAAGAGUGCCGGUCGCCGUGGUGGUAAAGGACCUCUGUUAAAGCAGCGUAAAGUGGAAGAAGGUGGAGCAGGACGAACCGAGAAAAGCUCCAUCCCUAUCCCAACCAUCAUUGUUAAGGCACCCUCCACCAGCAGCUCCGGACGCAGCAGCCAGAACAGCAGUGUGGAGGCAGAGCCUCCUCCUCAGCUGGAUGACGAAGAGGAGGAGCCUCCUGGUCCAGAGACUUCUCCCGCCCUGCCGCCAGCCCUGCCACCUAUUCAGUCAUCGGAACGUCCGGAUCUAAGCAGCGGCGGUACAGCCAGACGAGAGAGAGAGCGCUACCGUGACUCUCGCAGGAAAAGCACUUCAUUCUUCUACUCCUCUGAGGAGGACAUGCUGGACGAGAUGGAGUCCGGCCAAACCCCAUCCGAAACUGGCACCACCCCUCGCCUCCGCCCAUCAAAGUCUAUCGAUGAAGGUCUUUUUUCUAGUGAUGCUGGCAGCAUGCCACCUGCCUUUGGCCUUCCACAGUAUGCCUCAGCCACCCCUCACCAUGCCACAACCUUCAUCCACCCUCUAACUGGGAAGGUUUUGGACCCUGCAAGCCCCCUGGGUCUGGCUCUAGCUGCUCGAGAACGGGCACUAAAGGAUGAUCGCCGUACUCGCAGGGAGGAAAGACAUUUUGGUCGUCAAUUUUCCACUGCUGGAGUGUUUCCCUCUACUACCCACAACCCUCAGCAUCCUCAACAUCCUCAGCAUCCUCAGCAUCAUCAGCAUCCCCAGCAUUCUCAGCAUCCUCAACAUCCUCAGCACCCUCAGCAUCCUCAACAUCCUCAGCAUCCCCAACAUCCUCAGCACCCUCAGCAUCAUCAACAUCCCCAGCAUCCCCAACAUCCUCAGCACCCUCAGCAUCCUCAGCCCCCUCAACCCCCACCCCACCCUCCGCACCCUCAGCACCCUCAGCACCCUCAGCCCCCCCACCACCCUCCACAACCUCAGCCCCCACAGCACCCCCAACACCACUCGGCCACUUCCCACUACAUACACCAGACACAUGCUGCCCAUUAUCUCAGUGGCACGGGUACCACGCCUACAUCAACAGCGCAAUCCCCUCUGAGCCGACCACAGUCCCCCCGGAUGUUGCAGUUGGGAGGAAGUGGGAUGGGUUCUGGGGAAUACAGUGGUGAUACUGUGGACAGGGAGGGCAAGGAGGUUCAGAAGGUACGUUUUACAGGUGACAGAGCCAAUCAGUAUCAGACUUUCCUUAGAGAGAGGGAAGGGCAUGGAAAGGGGCCAAAUCAGGCUCCGCGCAGACCUUCCUUACUGCGCAUGGAGAGUGAGGUAAGCAGUAACGCUACCGGCUACAUAGGUCAUGGUUCCUCCAGCCCUGCCCAAGAAUCUGCAAGAGGAGGAGAGAGAACCAUGCAUAGAGACAGACUGACAGACAGAGAAAGGGAGGAAGAAACAGGAGGAGAUCCAGUGGGAGAGAGUGGAGGAAGCGUAAUGGUUUUGCCACCUCCAGCUCCAUCCGUGGAUGUUGCAGAUGAGUUUGUGUUUGCAGAACCUCUGCCCCCUCCUUUGCAGUUUGCUAAUGGAGUGGAUGGAUCAACACAGGGAACACCAGUGUACACCCAUCAUCAGCACCAUCAACACCAACAGCACCAACAACAGCAAAAUGAACAAAACCCACAGACACAGUCGGCACCACAAUCUCUGCAGGACCAUAAACCGUUGCAUACCCCUGAACCUCCAAAACCCACUGAAGGCUCACAGUCUCUCCCUGACACUCAGUCCCACUCACAGUCCUGUCAUCCCUCUGCAAUCGUCCAUCCCUAUCUCUUUCCACCGUCUCCACUGAUCCCCCCACCCCAGCUGUGCCCGAAAAUACCCCCAGCAAAUCCACCGCAACCUCCGCAACCCCCUCAGCCCCCUCUUCCUUCUCCACAGGCAGGAGACUCUGCUGCCUCCAGCCUGACAUCCUACGACAGUGAAGUGGCUAAUCUGACCCAAUCAGCUCUUUCCCCAUCGCUUCCAUCUCCUCAAACCUUCCCUUCAUCCUCUUCUCCCUCUGCUCCGCCCACGUCCUCAGACCCCGCCUCUUUGCACAGGCCUCUACCACUUUUCUAUCAGUCCCAGGACCGCAGCGCUACCCUUACCUACGCCACCAUGACAACUGCUGCCAUAGCCACAGGAAAUGCUGCUGUGGUAACGGUCACUAUGACGACUCCUUCGGCGAGCAUGGCAGUUGUUACCGGUGACCAUCACCCACCACCAGUCAAAAACCGUGAGUGGUCGGAAGCAGUGGUGGAUUCUGGGAUUGAGGACAGCCACAGCAGCAGUGACCAUCACAUGGAGAAACACAUCAGAGAACAGAGAGAAAGGAAACAGCAACAGGAGAGAAGGGUUAGCAUCGAGAGCGGCAGGCUGAGGGACGAGGUGAAGGCGGGAAGACGAGUGUCCCUGGAAUCAUCUAUGUCCAACCCUGACAGGCACCCUGUUAAAACACACAACGACAUGCACGCCAAAACACAGAUGCACAGAAGCAAACCGCCGCCGCCCCCGCUCACUAAGCCACACCCACACCCACACAACGCCAUCAGAAUGCACCCACACACAGAGGGUGGCCGAAGUGUUCCAUCCUUACGCCGUCAGACCAGCGCAGCUCCCAGCUUCUACAGGCCAGACGAGGACGUGAUGGGCGAGAGGGCUGUAUUGGAGGCGAUGAUGAAGUCUCCGGGUUUUAUGGACCGCCGGCUGAACUCUCCUCUCUCCAGUGUGAAGGCCAGCAUCAUCAGCGAACUCAGCAACAAGCUGCAGCAGCUGGGGGGCUGGCAGGGUCAAGGGCUGCAGCAGUCCCAAAGGUUUUCAGAAGACCUGUCUUCAUUACUUCCCACAGGUCAUGCCCAGCCAUCCCUCCUCCCCACCUCUGCUCAGACACUUCAGAGAGCUCUGUCCCCCACUUCACCUACUGUUCCGUUACCCCCGACUAUUACCCCUAACCCCUUAACCCCAGCCAUGUCCCCUAACCCUCUGACCCCCACACUUACCUCAACCUUACCCCCAAACCCUUUAGCCCCUAAUUCUUUAACCCCCACCCCUUUUACCACUAACCCAUUAACUCCAAAUCUCAGUCCAAACCCCUUAACUCCUACAAUAACCACUAAUCCUGUCCCCUCCUCGCCUCUGACCCCAACCCUGAACCCAAAUCCGCUGCCUACCAGUCCUCUGACCCCCAGCCUGACGCCUCUUCCUCUCGCCCAGUGCCCGGCUCAACCCCCUCCCUACGUCAACUGGACCCACUCUCCUUCUCCUCUCUCAUUUUCUCACUGUCCUUUGUCUCCUCCCUCUCUCCCCCACGCCCCUCUAUCUCCUCUGUCCCUCGCCCACGCUCCUCUAUCCCCUCCAACAUACGCUCAUCCUCCCAUCUCACCUAUAUCUCUCACUCAUCCACCUCUUUCUCCUUCCUCCCUCUCUCAUCCCCCUCUUUCCCCAUCCUACUCCCCGUACCCCACUUCCCCGAAGCAUCGCGCCAAGUAUCGCGCUAAGGCCAUGGAGCUGUUUUCUGCCUCGGAGUCGCGGCGCUCAGAGUGUCACGGUCAGCGCCGCCGAGCUCCGAGUCCGCUAAUCUCCUGCUCGGACCGACCGCAGCCGGGUCCUCCACGUCCGUCCUCCCUCCCUCUCUUCCCUUCCGCCCCUCUCUUCGGAUCUCCAUUUGAUUUGCAGGCUCCCCUCACUCCUCCUUCCAGCACCCAUCCUCUAGCCGAGCACUUCUUCCCUCAGACGCCGCCGCUAAUGUCAUCUUCCUCCGCCCAGCCGCCUAACCCCUUGCUAGUCUCUCGCUCCCUUUCCCCUACCCACUUCCUGUCUGGUGGAUCCUCCCCUUCCUGUAUGAGCUACCCACCAACCCUCACACCUCCUCCACCCAACCGACCUUUUGCAUCCAAGCCCCUCCCUUACUGGAGCAAAUAC